AUGGUUGAAUCAACGCGAGAACCACAAAACUCUGACUGUACUAAACAAACAGAAGAAGACUUUCAAAGAGAAGCAGUAAGAGAACAUAACACGCUACGUCAAAGGCAUGGGGUACCGCCUCUUAGCUUAGCACAAGAUUUGUGUGUACUUGCACAGGAAUGGGCAAACUAUUUGAUAAAUAACAACAAACAUGGUCACAGCUCAAACAAACUUGGAGAAAACCUAGCGGAUAAGGCCGGAAAUUAUCCUAACUUAGAUUAUGCAGGAAGGGAAGUUACUAAAUACUGGUACAGUGAAAACGAGAAUUACCAAUUCUAUGGAAUGGAACCGCCUUCUUAUGAGGAAAUUGGAGAAGAUAAAGAAUAUGGUCACUUUACCCAAGUAGUAUGGAAAGGAUCAAGAGAAAUGGGAAUUGGAAAAGCCAAGAAGGAUGACAGGGUCGUUGUUGUUGCCAACUACAGACCAGCAGGAAAUUGUAUUGGCUUUUAUGCGAAAAAUGUCUUUCCACCAAAAUGAUAUGCCGAAUUGAAGGAACAUUUCGAACUUUUAAUUUAUUUUUUUGUAUAAAUGACUAUGUUUGUAUUCAUCAGAUAUCAAAAUCAAUAUAUAUUCGAAAGAUUUACUUCUUAUGAUUUAUGCAAAAAAAAACUGCAAUUCUACUAAUAUAUAAUUUUAUAGCGCCAAGUUUAAUGUGCGGUGUUACUUUCAUUAAAAUUAGACCAUUUUUGAAUAUACAAAACAUUACUGUAUCCAAGUGUAACAUGUUUUUAGAAGAAUGGACAAUUUAUUACACACUCAAGCAAACGUAAAAAAAAUGUGACAAAAAGGAAUAGAUAGAGCAAUGUAAAUUUGCAAGUAAACUUGAUUUUUUCCUGGUUUUAUAUUAGUGUUCAAUGAGAAUCAUUAUUAAUAAUGAAAUUUAGAAAUUCAUUUUGGUAUCUCCCUGCAGUUUGCCAUUGCAAAUAUUGUGAUGCUACGCAUAAAAUCUAAAAAUUCUAUUUUUACACCAUUCAUCACUUAAAACAUUUGACAUAAAUUUCAUGUAGAUGUUUGAUAUUAACCACGUUAAAGACAUAAUUUCAUAAUCCGACGUAAUAUCCAUUGGCAAAUGACGUUUUUC